UUUUCAAACCGUUUAUAUUGUUUUGUUUACAUGCUGAAGUAACUUUGUGCUGAGUCUUCUGAAUAUUCGGCUUUUAAAAUGUCGGAAUAUAGUUUUGUCAAAAAGGGAAAAUUGGUGCUUAAAGGAGAAAAAUCCGAAAAGAAAAAGAAAAAGAAGAAGAAAGAUAAGGAUAGGAAAAUCAACGACAAUGAAGAGACACAGAACGACGAAGACAGGAGUGCACAUGGUGGCUGGGGAAAGGUGUUUUCUGUGAAAGAGAUAAUCGGUCCGGUUGCAAUUGAGUUUGUCACAGGGACUUACGUUAAAGCUUUGGAUAACGGGCUGUUCACGUUGGGAGCACCUCAUGAUCACGGUGAAGGUCCAGCCCCUGAAGAAAUAUUAACAGCUGUCCCAGUGAAUGAGACAAAAGUCGCUUUUAAAUCGGGCUAUGACAAGUACCUCGGAGUUAACAAAAAUGGUAUCGUUACUGGACGAGCGGAUGCGAUCGGUCCCCUUGAACAAUGGGAGCCUGUAUUUCAAGAUGGAAAAAUGGCCCUUCUUAGCUCUUCGAACUGCUUCAUGUGCCUGAAAGACGAAGAUGACUCAAUCGCUGCUUUGAAUACGACCGCAGGGGAAAAAGAGAUGCUCUCUAUAAGAUCACAAAAAGAAAAAGUAGCCAGGGUGGCGCCAGACAUGCCAUCAGAGGAGAUGGGUUCAGUUAAGGAAAUCGAACGCAACUACGUGUAAGUCAAACUGCUAAAAGUU